CCGGUCAAUAUCAGACCCAACCCGCCGUAUCGCCGGCUUUGUAAAUUGCCAUCGGCCAUAGUAAAUCUGCUAACACUGUAAACCAGUCUAACGCAAAAAUUUCUUCGUUCAAAUUUUUGACACAAUGACGACAACCAACAUUCCUUCUCCACCGCCCAAACCCCCAGCCGAGGAAUCGGCCACCUCUUCAACAUCAACAACGACGACGACGACAGCACCUACGGCCACGUCCCCUCCCAAAAAUUCUAACCCUAAACCGAUUUCUGAAAACCCCUUAGUCGAUACUCAGCAACAAGACCAAUCAAAUUCCGUCACUCAGCAUGGCUUCGUGCCCUACAAGAUUCCUGAAUGGAGUGGACCCCCCUGUCAUAAAUUCUACUUCGAGGUCCUCCAGGAUGGCUCCAUCGUUGAUCAAUUCGACGUGUGCAAGAAGGGGGCUUACAUGUUUGGACGUGCAGAACUCUGUGAUUUUGUUCUUGAGCACCCUACUAUUUCUGGUUUUCAUGCAGUUAUUCAGUUUAAGAAAAGUGGAGAUGCAUAUCUUUAUGAUGUCGGCAGUACUCAUGGUACUUUUAUUAACAAGAACCAGGUUCAGAAAAGGGUUUAUGUGGACCUACAUGUUGGUGAUGUCGUUCGUUUUGGCCAGUCAUCUCGAUUGUACAUUUUUCAAGGACCAUCUGGCUUGAUGCCACCAUUACUCAAUGAGUCCCAACUCGGCAUAAUGGGGAAGGAGGAGGCUGAGUCGAAGGGGGGAGAUGAGCUGGCAGAGUCAUUGAAUGCUCUCUUCACCAGCAUAUCCACCAUGGUCAAAUCUGAACUCCAGGGGACGAACAAUACAUUAGAACUUUUGGAGAAGAUGAAUCUGAGAGUGGCAGAUGAGUACAAAGGGUUUGGUGAUGUGGCGUCUGGGUUAAGGGUUUUUGUAGAACAGUUGAAGUCGAAAAGUAGCAGCUUUGAUGAGUAUGUUCAGCAAAUUGAUGCAAUUGAGCAACAAGUCACUCAAUUUGAAGUCGUGAUAUCGAUGCUUGAUAAAUAUGUUUCUUUGUUAGAAUCCAAAAUGCAGUCUAUGUAUCAACAUCAACAUCCACCGUCAUCUUCAUGAAUCAAGCUUUUGAUGAUGGCUUGAAAUGAUUUUGUACAUUUUAGAUCCAAUAAAAUAUUGUUAUUUGUUUUACAUAAAUUUGUUGAGUUUUUGCAAGGACA